CAGCUGACCCACUUCACCCACCCUCAUAUACCGCCCAAGACCUCAAUCGAUAUCCUCCAUAGCGUCACCGAGGCGAUUACCGCCAUGCACGGAACCCGCGGACAGUCUCACUGACUCGUAAUUUGCAGCGGGGUUGAAGGUGUGGGCUAAAUAAGGGUAUCGUCUGCUAGCUCCGGUGCGCAUUUCGGGAGUCUUGUGUGACGUCAGAGGUGCUGGGCCGCAGAUUGGCUUAGAGGGAACGGGCAUCCUGUGUGACGUCACACGGGGUCAUCGCUGAUUGGUGGAGAGGAAUUGGGACCCACAUUUAAGGCCAGUUGAAAACAUUCGGGACAGAAAAGGCUGUAACAAAUAAUCAAGAUCGAGGAUCCAAAUUGACUGGCGAUUUAGAAGGUUGUUUUUAGUAUAGUGGGGUCAAGACCACAUUGUGCUCAUAAUGCCUCAGCAAGCCUGCCCCUACGCUGUCCUGGAGGGGCAGUAUGAACUUCACGAAACCAUUGGAUCAGGCGGAUUUGCAAAAGUUAAACUAGGAACACAUUUGUUAACGGGAGAGAAAGUGGCGCUCAAGAUAAUGGAUAAAAGACAACUUGGGGAGGAUUUGCCACGGAUAUAUUUGGAAAUAGAGGCAAUGAAGCAGCUGGCUCAUCAGCACGUGUGUAAGCUCUACCAGGUGCUUGAGACAGACACAAAAAUUAUUAUGGUUCUUGAGUAUUGUCCUGGAGGGGAGCUAUUUGAUUAUAUAGUUGAAAAAGAUAGGCUAGAAGAAGACGAGGCAAGAUUAUUUUUCCGACAAAUCUCAUCUGCUGUAGCCUACGUUCACAAUAUGGGAUAUGCCCAUAGAGAUCUUAAACCAGAGAAUUUGCUAUUGGAUGAUGAUCAACAACUAAAGUUGAUUGAUUUUGGACUUUGUGCCAACCCAGCUGGUGGUAUGGACCAGCGCCUAGCAACUUGUUGUGGCUCGCCUGCCUAUGCCGCACCAGAACUAGUUUCUGGAAGAUGCUACUUAGGUUCUGAAGCAGACAUAUGGAGUAUGGGAGUACUAUUAUAUGCACUGCUGUGUGGGUUUCUUCCAUUCGAUGAUGAAAAUUUGGGAGUACUCUACAGAAAAAUUCAGGCAGGUGUUUACGAAAAUCCUGAGUGGUUAAGUGCUGGAAGCUGCAACCUCCUGUCGGCAAUGUUGCAAGUGGACCCUAAGAGGAGAAUUACUGUGAUGCAACUCUUAACACAUCCUUGGCUUGCAAUCGGUCAGCCACAUCCUCUAGAUGCAACUUCUAAGUACAAGGAUCCAGAGGUAUGUGGUGUUGAUGAAGAUGUGAUCACAGAAAUUGCAGUGCAUCAAGGCAAGUCCAGAGUUGCCGUGCGGCAGGCAGUUUGCCGUUGGUCGUACGAUUACCUCACAGCUACCUAUUUCCUGCUGCUUGCACAGAAGAUGAAGGGAAAACCUCUGAGACUCCUUCCAAAAGUAACUGCUCUUGGUGAGAUAAAAUCACAGAGGGCACCAGCUCGAUGCCUCCUGGAACAAUUGAACCACGACAAACUUGACUCUUCAAGUCACAAAGACCCGGUAUCCAACAGCUUGGCCAACUCUCCUCGUGGGAUGCAUACAUCACUUGAAGGGGGACUGAAUGAUGUUGAUCUUCUCUCCAUAUGUAAACCUAUUGACCCAUUAAGUGAUAAAGUGGAUGGUAAACUUUCCCCACGCAAGGAAACCAGCACAGAACUAGAACUCACACCGUUAACUUCGCCAAAGAAGCGUCGUACUCCUUCAGUUAGUGAUGAGGAAAAGGAAAACUUUGCUCAACCACGUUUACCAACACCAGGGCACAAAUCUCGCAAGAAACCAACUCCGUCUACACCAUUACCAGGCAAGAUGUCACCCUCGAGAUCGGUGGACAGUGGCUUAAAUGAAUAUUCAUCGCCAUCAAAAUCUAGAUUCUUAACUGUUAACACGGAUGAAUGGGGAUGGACACCAGAACGAACUCCUCGAUCUUCAAGGAAAGUAUUUGGCAGUAUUGAAAAGCGAUUAGAUAAGAUGAGAAAUAUGCUUACACCUCGCAGAAAGUUAAAUGCUGAUUCAGGUCCAUGCAUUGUAGAAAGCAAGAAUUUAUACAAUGUGAGUACGACAGGAAGCAGGAACCCUGACCAGGUACUUCAUGAUCUGCGACGAGCGCUACUUAAUAAAGGCAUCCUUUGUAAUCAGAAGGGGUACACUUUACGUGGCAAGGUUCGUGAUGAUAUUGGAGGUGCCAAGCUAAGUUUUGAAUUGGAGGUGUGUCGAGUGCCACGUCUUAAUGUUGUAGGCAUCAGGCGCAAGAGACUGAAAGGUGAUGCCUGGAUCUAUAAAAGAGUGUGCGAGGAAAUAUUGCGGCUUGCUCAGACCACCACCUCAAAUAACACGCCGCCUACCUCCUCCACAGCAAACACUCCUGCAAAUGGUUCUUCCUGUGUUGAUCAAACCAAUAUCAUAACUUAAUAUACAUGAUGUUCUUAAUACACUUAAACUGGGGAUAAUCAUUUACAAUUAAAAUCAGGUUCAAGUAAGAAAGAAUAAUAUAUAUAUUAUGCAUGCAUCCAGAAUGUUACAAAACACGUGAGCUUGAAUUACAAGAAUAAUCUAUGAAUUGGAAAAUAGUGUUAGUACCAUUGUGUCCUGAGGGACCUUGUCCAAAGCAAGUUCUAACAAGGCUUCUCACGUAGAAAAGGUACCAAAACGUUUCCCCAUACACAUUUUAUUCUUGUGUGUGUGUGUGUGUAUAUAUACACACACACAAGUACAGUAUAUGUAUGUAUGUGUGUGUGUGUGAAUUUUGAGUUUUGGAAUAAUAUUGAAAGUCAUUUAAUGUGCAGCUUACAUUCGUAGUGCAUAAUUAAAAGUUUAAAUAAUGUAGAUAUACUCAUUCCCUUAGUCAUUUUAAUAAAUUUAUUUUUAACUGAAGAUAGCCUUCAUCUUUGCAUCUUGGCUUGAGAAGUGAAAGUAGUGAGGUAAUUGUACUUACUAAUACACACAAGGAAUUUGUCAGCAUCCUUGACAUGUUAUUUCCUCAGGGAGUUCCCUUUCCUUAAGAAGGGUAUAUUCUACUCUUUCUCCUCAGCCAUCCUGGAAGUCAGGAGUCCUUGAUUAGCCUUGACCACUAAGGGUUUCUACGGUUUUCAGACUUUUUGAGGAGACUUUGAAGUAUUUGGUAAGAUAUUUCUUGCAGUAAACGAGGGCAUGUUGACAAAUGAAUGCCAGUCCUUUGAUUUGAAGGAUAACAGAAUUUGACAAAAUACCUGGCGUUUUAAAAAUGAGGCGGCAGGCAACAAAUUUUACUAGAUUUUUUUUGUGUUGUGAUUUAUUAACAGUAUGAACAUCCAUUAUUGUUUAAUAAAUUGAUCAAACUUAAAUCGUAAGUGCUAUCCCACUUGGACUAAAAGAACUUGAAGAUGCAUUACUGGGAGCACUCUAAAUAUAGUUCAUUGUAUGAAGGGAAGAGCAAUAACGUAUCUGCUGAACCUUUUUUUUUUUCUGGCAAAUGCUGUGAAUUUAAUGGAUAUUUUACAUUCAGUAUGUAUUAACUUCAGAACUUUUGGCAUCUCUGGACUCUUCAUUUCUUUGAAUAGGUGGAGAGAUAUAUAUAUAUGUAUGUGUGUGUGUAUUUUUUAUAAGUUGCAGAAUUUGCUUUUUAGUAAAUUUUUUUAAAUAAUUACUUUCUUGUGCAUUUAUAGGUAAAUUCAACUUGACAUUUAUUAUUCAGAUUUUUAAUAUUUUGAACUACAAAUAUGACAACUUCACCUAUC